CCACAACCCGCCUGAUUUUAUCAGGUUUCAGAAAGCCAAACGUACGUAAAAAACAAUUGUACAGCUAGUGUAAACGUCGUAAGCAAAAAUGUCGGCGCGUCUGUGAAAGCCUAACCCUGUCUAAUUUGGUCACUUGUUGCCAGAUUAGACAGGUGGUUUUGUCAUUCGAUUAAGUGUAAAAAAGUAAGAGUAACAGCGAGGUUUAUCAGGAGACAAAAUGGUGAUGGCUUGGCGGCCUCUCGCUCGUCAAGCCACCCGCUCUUUCGCUCCGCGCACUGCGAGCGGCACCGCGGUGCGGGCGUUCGCAUCAGGUACUCAUGUUUUGCCGACAUGCUUGAUGGUAUGCUGGACUGCAGCGUUUUAUUGUUCAUCUUCGUAUUGGGCUACAAAUCAAUGAAAAAUCCCAAUCCACAGUUGCUUGAAGGAAUAACUACUUCACAAAACAAAGCAAAAAAACAGGCGGCAACAGCAACGGUUCCUCCGAGAACUGGGGGUACGAGAACAUCUUUCAGAAUGGCACCUUUCUCGACACCACGGAGUGGGUGAAGGACAACAAACUGUCCGAAAUGAUCGGGAACGUGCAGCUGGGGAAAAAAGGCCGGAUUUUCACGCAGGUCCCGCCCGAAGUUCUCACUUCGAUCUCCGAGUCGGCGGUGUUUCAAGUCAACCACUUCUACCGACGGUCGCACUUGCUGAUGCUGCACCGGAUCUUGAACGACCCGGCGGCCUCGGACAACGACCGCUACGUGGCCAAGGAGCUGCUCAACAACGCAGAAGUUUCUGCGAAGGGGGUGCUGCCCUCCUGUCAAGACACAGGAACCGCCGUGGUCAUGGCAAAAAGGGGAUAUCAUGUACUUGAUGUUGCGAGGCGUUUUUGCUUUUAGAUUUUUGCAGUGCUUCAGCUUUGUGGUAGGUAUUUGAUGCUGCUUCUAAACGCAGUUAUUUUGUCUCAUGAAAAAAGAGGCUAUUCCUUUUGCGUUUCAAAAAUUCUAUUCAAAACAAAACCCACACGACAGAUCCUGACCGACGGUACCGACGAGAAGGACAUUUCCCUGGGUAUCCGCGACGCCUACAAGAACGGAAAUCUUCGGUAUUCCCAAGUCGCCCCGCAAACGAUGUUUGUCGAGAAGAACACGAAGACAAAUCUCCCCGCGCAGAUCGACAUUAUGUCGGUCCCGGGAAACGCGUACAAGUUCCUCUACAUCGUGAAGGGUGGCGGUUCGGCGAAUAAAACACAGCUGUUUCAGAAAACCAAGGCGCUCUUGAACGACAACAGCUUCGAACAGUUCAUCGUGCAAGAGUUGAUGAAGCUGGGGACCGCCGCGUGCCCCCCGUACCACCUAGCCGUCGUGGUCGGCGGCCUCGGGGCGGACCAGAAUCUCAAAACCGUGAAGCUCGCUUCCUGCAAGUACUACGACACGCUCCCCGACACCGGGUCGGCCAACGGCCGCGCGUUCCGGGACCGGGGGAUGGAGAACAAAAUCAUGUUCCUCGCCCGCAACCUCGGCGUCGGCGCGCAGUUUGGCGGCAAGUACUUUCUGCACGACGUGCGGGUGAUCCGCCUGCCGAGGCACGGAGCCUCCUGCCCCGUCGGGAUCGGGGUGUCCUGCUCCGCGGACCGGCAGAUGAACGUGCACAUCCAAUCCGACGGCGUGUUCUACGAAAAGCUGGAGAUGAACCCCAGCCAGUUGUGGGAUUUAAAGGAAGAGACACUGCAAGUGGAAACGAAAGCACUGGACAGCGUUGCAGGUAACUAUACUAGGCGAAGAACUUAAAGUUGUGUCUAUGAUGAUCAUGCCAGCAAAUAAGCCCUGCAAUAAAGGCAUGAACUUCACUGUAAUUCCAUUGCAAAUUUUUAGCGGAGGACAGUUGGUAUGACGUAUGGUGACCAGAUGAAUUGAUAAAAUCCACCUCAGGCGUCGAGGAAUCCCGCGAGCCCGGCCCGCAGAUGCAGACGGUCGAGAUCAACUUGGACCAGCCGAUGCAGGACACUUUGAAGACCCUUACAAAAUACCCUGUCAAAACCCGCGUUGCCUAUGGAUUGCAAAAAUGUCUGGGUCUGGAAAUUUGUGAUGCUAAAAUGUGCAGGAUGAAAACACUUCCGAAUGCAGUCCGGCAUGACAACUUCCCAAAACGCUUUCUCAUAGGCAAUCCGCAUGAGAAGCUGCGUUUUUGCAUGACAAAAGAGGCCGCGACUUUUGUUGGUUAUGCAAUACAAAUUUUCUAGGUAUGGAAAGCUAGCAUUACAAGUUCUAAUCUUCCAGACCCAGACACUUUUACUAUCCAUAUUGCCCUGAACGGAACCAUGAUCGUCGCCCGCGACAUUGCGCACGCCCGGAUGCUCGGGAAGUUGCAGAAGGGCGGGGCGGACGCGUUACCCGAAUACAUCAAAAACCACCCCGUCUACUACGCCGGACCCGCAAAAACCCCCGCGGGCAUGCCCAGUGGGUCGUUCGGGCCAACCACCUCCGGGCGGAUGGACCCCUAUGUGGAGCCGUUUCAGGCCGUUGGGGGGUCCAUGGUCAUGAUCGGAAAGGGAAACAGGUCACAGAUGGUCACGGACAGCUGCUCGAAGCACGGCGGAUUUUACCUUGGUAUAGAAAAUUGCUUGUUGAAGAUAGGUGGUAUUGCAUUUUGUUCUUCACAUAAAUGUCGCCCUGAUAUUCAGAUUGUUCAACUACAGCAUGGGUCUUGUUUCCAAAAAUGAACUACUCGUUUAAUAUACUGCUCAAUCUCUUCACUAGGUUCCCCCGGUGGCAUGGCCGCAACUCUGUCCGCUAACUGCAUCAAGUCGGUUGAAGUUCUCGACAUGGAGGAGCUCGGCAUGGAGGCGGUGUGGAAGAUCAAAGUGGAGAAUUUCCCCGCCUUUAUCGUCGUGGACGACAAGGGAAACGACUUCUUCUCGGAGUUCAAACCGGAGGACGGGCGGAUUCCCGAGGAGGUCAACAGUUCCAUCUAUGUCGUACUCGAGUUCUUCGAGCGGAUUGACGCAAACAACGACCAGAUGGUCGAGGCCACGGAACUGGUGGACGGCUUCGACAAUCUGACCACGGAGGAAGCGGCGGCGCUCGUGAAGAAGUACGACUACGGAAAUUUUGGCGGGCUGAAUCUCGAUGAGUUCCUGAACAUGGUCAUGCACGAGGAGCAGCUGAAGAUCGACGGGGAGUCGGCCAGAGCAAAACUCUUGUCGGGGGAAUAGAACAGACUAGAGAAGAGGGUCGGUCGUUUUCCCUCAUGUCUUGUCCCUUUGUAUGAUGCAUCAAGAACAUUCACUACUACGCAAAAUAAUAACGCUUGAGUCUACUUAGUUACGCAACUUGUCAAUGGCAAAACUUUUGAAGAAUUAUCGGCGCGCAGCACUGUACGGAACUACCCUAUCAUCUCUAUUGUAACAACAACACCAUAUUGUACAGUAACUGUCUUGUGGUCUACUACGCAAAAUAUCAAAGUUUGGCUAUUUUCAGAACAAGCAAGAACACCCACUCUGUUGGCGACAGAUUUUUGCUUCGACUCUCUGCGCUUAUGGCCCAAAAGGCUGCACAGGUUAUUUUUAUCGGAGUGGAUGUCGAGCGAUGCUGUUGCUGACCAGUGGUAAUUAAUGAACGCAGUUUGAGUAGUUUUGGUAAUAUCGGAUGAACAAAUUGCAACUCUACACAUCUUCCCGCAAUCGAAUUUACAUUGGAGGCGAAGGUUGCGCAACUGCGGCGGUUAUUCUUCUGGACCGCGAUGCUAUGACCCGCAGCACGAAAUUCUACGAGGCCUGGAGGGAGAAAAUAGACCCUGUGACUAGUAAUUCACCCCGAGUCGACUCUCGAGGCCGAGUAGUUCUUCUCUUUGCGAAGUGGUGGUAAAUGCAAUUGGGAUUAUGCGUGCGCGCUUUCAACUCCAGCGUAACAAGAUUUUCCCUGCAAUUUUGUUUUCCAAGCUUGAGCUCCCUCGAAUUUGAGCAGGUGCGCGUCGAGCAGUCUCUUCGUAGCGCCGCUUGAUUUUCCGAGGAUUUUUCACGUUCAGGUUUGUUUUUAGUCAUAUUCUCGUUUCUAUAGUCUAUUUUGGUUUUUUAUUAUCGAAUCUGUACAGAAUUUUCUUGAUAGCUUUGUAUCUUUGUUUCACCCGGUUAUUUUCUCUUUUGAACAGUCAAGGAGCAGACUUUGUUUUCAAUGUAACGUUUUCUAUGUCAUGUAUAGCCCUCCACUUCAUUUUUACCAAUUCACAAAAAUACUUGGGAGUCCGAUUUUUUGGAACACGACACCGGUAAUUCGCCACAACCUCUCUCAUUCGAAAAAAAUGACGGAAAGACUCUGCUGCCAGUGGUCUUCUAAGAAAAAUCUAGAGGACACUCGGACGAGAGGCAUUCCUUCUACAAAUCGGAUAAAAUAGGUUUACAACAAUAGUCACUAUUAAGACAUCAACAUCUCAUCAGGUUAUUUUGUGGUAUAACAGUAGCUAGUGCGGUAGCGGACCAAGACAAAUACCGAAAGGAGCAGCAUGUAGUGAUAGCUGCGAUCAUUGCUCUUGGAGGAGCUUAGCAUUGGCCGUCGUGUUUUGUGAUUCGCUGCUCCUUGAGUAAAGAGUUUGUCACUCGUCUACAUGGUUGUGCACAUUUCUUUUCGGUGACUCAGGAACUCCGCGCCAGUCGAAAAUGCCACUACACCGAUGGGAAGCAACACGAAAAUAGGACAACUAAGUUUUGGCUAUUUUGUAAAAAUAGCUCAUUGAAUACAGGACAAAAACUAGGACAAAAACAACAACAGCACAAGAAGAUUAUAGCAUGAAAAUUUUAUAACAGAUGACAAACCGCCCCUUGCAGCUCUGACCGGGCGUGCGCCCAAAUUGAUUUUUUGAUGCAGAAAAAAGCUUCGCAAGACACCGUGCACGGACAGAGCCAGUGUGAACUGCAUCUGCUACAGGUAAAUAAGUAGGUGCCGUGCGCCGUGAUACCGUGGCAUUGUGCAGUAGCGCAGGUUCAUUGUCCAGCAGUUAGAGUGACUCGCCAAGUUUACUAUGCAGUACGUCUUUUCAUCAAUACCACUCUUGCAGAUUGGAUAAACAAAAACUAAAACGGAGUUUGCAAUUUGUCUUCGCGACAAUUUUAAAAAGAUUACGCUUUUGAACAGAAAAAUACUUUACAGCAAAAAGAACCACAAUAGAUAAAAAAAACUUCUCGCUCUCAAGACAUCAGUCACGAUCUGACGGUAAUCGACCAUUCCUUGUAUGAGAGCCCAGCAGAGGAGUAAAAAAAUACGAAUCAAGAAAUAGAAAAAAUGAAUAGAUAGAUUACUACAACAGCAAUUCCAUCCAGCCUACAGACUAAAAGUCGAGUCGUAAGCGAGACGCUACAUCACUUGCUCAGUCCGUUUUUUCAGUGGGUCUUUUCGAUUCUAAAAAACAGCAGUUUUGACACUGUCACUCCAAGUGCGAUCUUAGCCAGUGCUGUCGUCCCUCGUUUAUUGACAACUUUUUUGUCAAGAAAAUAAGAAGUUCUACAAUUUUAUAAAGACGUGUCCAAAAAUUUUAGUAUCAGUCCGAUCUGUUCCGGCUACACUACACGGCAGUCUCUCGCCCGUAAUCCGUCACCAAGCGGUAAGGGGGAGGGCAUCGCGGAAAGUUUAGGCCGCGGUGAUGCUCGUCUAAACGCCAGUGGAACUAUUUGAAAAAACAACAUAAAAGAUUGUACCCGCAAACAUAAUAAUUUUCUACGAACAACCAGAUUAUUAUCUACGAAAGUUUCGUGCUAAUUUUAUCAAGCAAAAAAUUCCAAAAAAAGCAAAUAAACCACACCUCAUGCACAACCACCCAUAAACAACCACCUAAAUUGUCACACUCUUCUACUCCCUAACAAAACCAAUAAACAAAUUUCGAGAUACAAAAUCGCUUCAACAUCAAACAAAAAAAUAAUCACGGCUAGUAGAGUCGACCACAGAAGUUCACCGAGACAUUAGCCGUGGAGUGAAAAUAGUUUUGUCCUCAAUAAAAAACAAAAAAGCAUUUGCGAAUAUUCAGGAAAUAUUGCGCGCAAAAGGAUAACGCCGUCAAGCUGCGACCUGACGAAAAUAAUAGGAUGCUCGAUGUAGUUUUGUGAUUCAAACCGCGCGAGCUAGCAGCAUAGAAGCAGUUGCGACGGAUGUAGUGGAAAUGGAACCAAGAAAAACCCAACACCUCAAAAACCCAAAGUAUUAUGUCAUAGCGCCAGUGGCUUUAUACAGGAGCACUGCACAGCGAGCACUGUACUUAGCUAGGUAUCAGAGAUGUGAUAUGUUAGCAAGCUGCCAUAUGUCAUGUAUGUGAAAUGUGCACUCUGAAAUGAAAUCCCAUGUACCAAGCAGUACAACUCACCUCUUCGACACCAAAGUACAAUGUUUCUGCCAAGAUGAAAUUGCUCAUGCUUGGUCUCAUGCGAAAGCAAACAAAUUCU